GGGGCGUCGUUCAUUCAUAUUUCCCCAUCCCUUCUCUGUGAGUCUACAGCUACCGCUGCUCUGCUAAGAUCUCGAGGUCUUACAAUGGCGUAUUUUGAAUCCUCAUCUCCUCCGCCUCCAAAUUGCCUUCUUCCUCUUCCACCUUCACCAACCUUUGAUCCUCCUCCUCCUCCUCCUCCUCCAAUUCGCCCUCUAUUCCCUUUCCCCACGCGCCCCGCCAUUCGAGUCACCUCCGAAUUCGACAGCGAAUCCUCCAUUUUCUUCCACAAGGUUUCAUGCAAGCUCCUCCAAAACCUCGCCAAGAUCAAGCUCUCCUUCCAGAACAACAACAAGGGCGAUAUCUCCGAUUCCCAGUUGCAGUUCCAUUCCAAGUAUCUUUCCAUCCACUACGACCCUGAACAACACAACGCUCUCCUCCGUUCUUCUCUCGAUGUUGGCCCUAGAUUGCAAUUCCGCGCUGCUCACGAUCUCAAGGCUCAACAAGGAGAGCUCGGUGUGGUUGCUAAAAUUGCUGAUCCUGGUUACGCCUUGGAAUUGUCUUCACCCGUUCCUGCGAUUGGGCUGCCGAGGGCAACGUUUAAGUUUCCCGUGGGGGAAAUUUCAUUGGAAGAAAGAGAAGAGGAGGAAGUGAACCGGGUUAUGUCGAUAAAUGGUGUUCUUAAAGGCCAACUUUUGAAUGGCACUUGCUGUGCUGAGUACAAGGAUGAAGAAUUGGAAUUGAAGUACAGCUACAAGGACGAGCCACUUUCAUUUAUUCCGAGAAUUUCUCUGCCUUCAAAUGCAUUGUCAUUUGCAUUCAAGCGUCGGUUCGGUCCUUCUGAUAAAUUGAGCUAUUGGUAUGAUUUGGAUUCUAACGACUGGAGUGCGGUGUACAAGCACACAUAUGGGAAAGAUUUGAAGCUUAAAGCUGGUUAUGAUGCGAAGGUCCGACUCGGCUGGGCGUCUCUUUGGGUUGGAGACGAAGGCGGGAAAGCAAAAACAGCUCCAAUGAAGAUGAAAGUACAAUUCAUGUUACAAGUUCCACAAGAUGACAUUAAGUCUGCAGCUCUAAUGUUCAGGGUCAAAAAGAGAUGGGAUAUAUGAUUUUGAGGCUCUCUUCAUUUUUCCAUAUUUACUGCUUCUUCUCAACGUUAGCUUUCUAUUUAGGUACAUGUUGAUGCUGAAAAUUAAACAUCUGUGGAUGAUCAUUUGUUACUAAUGAAGUUUCUUUUGUUGACAGAAAAAAGGAGGGGAAAAAAGAAACUUAAAUCCAUUUAUUUCUUAAGACUGCUCUCAUUUUCACAACUCAGCCAAUGGAUCAUAAAUUGUAUAUUAAUGUUAGCUACAUCUCUUACCCCAUGUAACCCCUAAAUCUUGCCGUUAAAAUGUAGUGAUAUUAAUGUAGCAA